AUGACUCAAAGUCCUUUGAUCCCGUCGAGUGACUCGGAGGGAGAGAGCUGUGACAAUGUGAAGGUGGUUUCUUCAGGGGUGAAGAGGAGAGCUGGUGGUGACAUUGUUCCCACUGGUAUUAGACACUACAGGAGUGUUUCCAUGGAUAGUGGUUUCAUGGGGAAAUUGGACUUUGGUGGUGAUGCUUCAUCAUCGCUUAAGCUUCAGAGGGUAAAGUUCCAAAGACAUGAAGAAAAAACUCCUCUGAAUUUAUAUAUAACAAAAAGCUCUUACCUUUAUAUCUCUCUGAUGGGUGGUUUAAUCGAUUUGAACGUGACUGAGGAAGAAGAAGAAGAGGAAACACUCUCUUCGGCUUCUGGGUCUCUCUCUCCUUCUAAUUCAUCUUCAUCAGCGUUUGCUCUAAGUGGGUCUUCUGGUGUUUGUUUGGAGCUGUGGCAUGCUUGUGCUGGACCCCUUGUCUCUCUUCCCAAAAGAGGAAGCUUUGUGUUGUAUUUUCCUCAGGGACAUUUGGAACAAGCCCCCGAUUUCUCCGCCGUGAUUUACGGGUUGCCUCCUCACGUGUUCUGUCGUAUUCUUGAUGUUAAGCUUCACGCAGAGAGAGAUAGUGAUGAAGUUUAUGCUCAAGUCUCUCUUCUUCCUGAGUCUGAGGACAUUGAGAGGAAAGUGCGUGAGGGAGUUGUAGAUGUUGAUGGUGGGGAGGAAGAUUAUGAAGUGUUUAAGAGGUCUAAUACUCCACACAUGUUCUGUAAAACCCUCACUGCUUCUGAUACAAGCACUCAUGGUGGCUUCUCUGUUCCUCGCCGUGCUGCUGAGGAUUGCUUCCCUCCUCUGGACUGUAGCCAGCCCCGGCCUUCUCAGGAGCUUCUUGCCAGGGAUCUUCAUGGCCUUGAGUUGUGUUUUCGCCACAUUUAUCGAGUAGGACAACCUAGGAAGCAUUUGCUGACUACCGGGUGGAGUGCGUUUGUGAACAAGAAGAAGCUUGUCUCUGGAGAUGCUGUUCUUUUCCUCAGAGGUGAUGAUGGCAAGCUGCGUUUGGGAGUUAGAAGAGCUGCUCAAUUUGAAGGCGCUUCUGCUUUCUCGAUUCAGUAA